AUCUUUCCACAGAAAAUGCUGAGUUCGCUUGUCGCAAAUUCCAGCGACCAAGUGCAGAUAGUAGCUACGGACCGGCGACUUUAAUUUACGAAAUCGUGGAUAAAAAUACCUGAGUCGACGUGCGGCAGUUGGUCUCUGGCGAGUGGAUCUCCACAUUUCGGCUGUGUCGUGUGUCGUGUCAAUAGUGAACUGAAAACUAGCAUCUACGAUGGCAAAGUUUCUGGCGAGGCUGAAUCGAAUGGCGUGCUUGAGCGGCGCACAACCUGUCAGGCCCUCGAUGGCUCGUACCUAUGCCAGCAGGAUUGAAGUCAAAAAACCAAUUGUGGAAAUGGAUGGUGAUGAGAUGACACGCAUAAUCUGGCAGUUCAUCAAAGAUAAAUUAAUUUUCCCCUACAUUAAGGUCGAUUGUUUGUAUUAUGACUUAGGAUUACCUUACCGAGACGCUACAGAUGAUCAAGUCAUCGAUGCAGCUUACGCUGUUCUCAAGCACAAUGUCGGUAUUAAAUGCGCCACCAUCACUCCAGAUGAGGCCCGAGUACAAGAAUUCAAUCUCAAGAAAAUGUGGUUAAGUCCAAACGGAACUAUUCGAAAUAUCCUCGGUGGAACUGUGUUUCGAGAACCGAUUUUAUGUAGUAACAUUCCUCGAUUAGUCCCAGGAUGGACAAAGCCAAUUGUAAUUGGACGUCACGCCCAUGGUGAUCAAUAUAAAGCUACAGAUGCAGUUAUUGAAAAACCAGGGAAAGUAGAGUUAAUAUACACAGGUAAUGAUGGAACCGUGAAAAAGUACGAAAUUUUCGAUUUCAAGGAUUCGGGAGUAGUAAUGGGAAUGUAUAACACUGAUGAAUCCAUUAAGGCUUUCGCCCAUUCAUCGUUUCAAGUAGCUUUGCAAAUGAAGUGGCCUCUAUUCCUGUCUACGAAAAACACCAUCCUUAAAGGAUAUGAUGGUCGCUUUAAAGAUAUAUUCCAGGAAAUUUAUGAAAGAGAAUACAAGAGUGAAUUCGAUAAAGCCGGUAUUUAUUAUGAACAUCGACUCAUCGACGAUAUGGUGGCACAAACACUCAAAUCAAAUGGUGGAUUCAUCUGGGCUUGUAAAAAUUACGAUGGUGACGUCCAAUCUGAUAUCAUAGCUCAGGGAUAUGGAUCAUUGGGAUUGAUGACAUCUGUUCUUGUAUGUCCAGAUGGCAAAACUGUAGAAUCGGAAGCGGCUCACGGCACAGUUACCAGACAUUAUAGGCAACACCAAAAGGGUCUACCAACCUCCACGAAUCCAAUUGCGUCCAUUUUCGCCUGGACUCGUGGUUUAAUCCAUCGAGCAAAAUUAGAUAACACACCGGAAUUGGAAAAGUUCGCUCGAACCUUAGAAGCAGCAUGCGUUAAAUGUGUAGAAUCUGGCCGUAUGACGAAAGAUUUGGCAAUUUGCAUCCACGGAAGUGAUAAAUUGCAGGAAGAUAUGUACUUAAACACAGAAGAUUUCCUGGAAGCAAUAUCAGACCAAGUGAGCCACAUGAUGCAAUCAAAGUAGAUGAAGUUAAGAUGUAAGAAAACGGUAUUAAAUCCUUGCUUGCGUUCAUCAAAUAAAUUAUUAAUUUAA